UUGAGGGGAAGGCAGACGCCACCAUCACCUCCGGAUUUACGACAGCCACUGGGAGAAGCUAGAUCUUCACAUGAAAGUCAAGACGACAAAUCAUUUCGGGACUUGAGUUGCUCCGCUUUGUCUCGAACCGCAACACCUCUGCACAAAUAAAGCUUGAGUCUCGCAGCGCUUUGCCUCGCGAAUCUCUUGAAACAAAGCUGGCCUGACCAGCCCGAAUGCAAUCAUCCGCUCUUCUCUUUAAACACGAGAAGUGCAAGAUAACCAGAAACUGAAUUCAGGGAAACAGCUUCAUCCAGCAGAAUGGGGCCAAGCAAGAUCUCGCCCUUCGAGGCCACACCAAUUGACUCUAUCCCGGCCACCGUCAAUCUCUGCAAAACUUCCUUCCACGCACAAACGACUAAGCCUCUCUCAUACCGGUUGACACAGUUACGCAAGCUGUACUGGGGAAUUGACGACUAUGCCGAUGCUUUGGUUGAGUCUUGCAAGCAGGACAUUGGCAAGCCCGUCUUCGAAAGUUUCAUCUCCGAGAUCGAUUGGUGCAAGAACGAUAUCGUAUUCGUCACAAAGAAUCUAGAGAAGUGGAUGAAGGAUGAGGCCGCACCGGACAUGGCAUUUACCAACUCGUUGCUUAAACCGACCAUUAGGAAGGAACCUCUUGGAACCAUCUUGGUUAUUGGUGCAUACAACUUCCCUGUCCAGCUCCAGCUUGGUCCCGUUAUCGGUGCGAUUGCAGCUGGCUGCAGCGUUGUGCUGAAGCCAUCUGAGGUUUCGCCGGCCACAGCAAUGGUGAUUAAGAAGAUUGUCGAGGAGUACCUUGAUCCAAAUAGUUUUGCUGUUGUGAACGGUGGCGUCCCGGAAACAACAGCCUUAUUGAACGAGAAGUGGGACAAGAUCUUCUACACUGGAAGUGCUCAAGUUGGGACCAUCAUUGCAAAGAAGGCUGCUGAGACUUUGACACCCGUCACUCUCGAACUUGGAGGUCUCAACCCUGCUUUCAUCACCAAGAACGCGGACCCACGCCUGGCAGCGCGCCGACUUCUUUGGGGAAAGCUCCUUAAUGCUGGCCAGGUAUGUAUGAGCGAGAACUAUGUUAUGGUAGAGAAGGAGAUUCUCCCAGCAUUCAUCGAACAAUUGAAGAUAACCCUUAAAGAAUUCUUCCCUAAUGGCCAGAAGAGCAGCGAAGAUUUUGCCAGGAUUGUCAACAAGAGACACUUCCAGAGGAUCAAGAAGAUGCUUGAUGAAACCUCAGGCGAGAUAUUGAUUGGAGGAGAAAUGGACGAGUCUCAAAAUUUUAUUGAGCUCACUGUGGUUCAAGUUCAGGAUGAGAACGAUUCCACCGUUGUGGAUGAGAUUUUUGGACCUAUCAUGCCACUUCUCGCGGUGGAUAACAUUGAGACUGCUAUCCGUACAGCGAACAAGGUACAUUCAACACCUCUGGGUCUCUAUGCCUUUGGUUCGAAGGCAGAGACGAAUAAGAUCCUCAACGAAGUCACAUCUGGCGGUGCUUCCAUCAACGACGCCUAUUACCACGGCUCCAUCCCGACUCUCGCCUUCGGCGGUGUAGGCAACUCAGGGCAAGGUGCAUACAGAGGCAAAGCUUCCUUCGACAGCUUCACGCAUCGUCGUUCAGUCACCACCACCCCAGGCUGGAUGGAGAGCAUGAUCAGCGUCCGCUACCCACCGUAUGCCGGCAAACUCCCCCAAAUCAGACGUCUCACUCAGCAGAAGCCAAAUUUCGAUCGUCAGGGAAAGGAGAUCAAAGGUGUUGGGUACUGGUUUAGCUUUGUCUUUGGACUUGGGGCGAAUAGUCUGAAGGGAGCGAUUGCGAGGUGGGUAGUCGUUGCUCUUGUGGCUGUCGGUUUUAAGAAGGCCCAAGGAAACAGCUCAUUGCCUCCAUGGCUUAGAUAGAAGAGGGACGAUUGGUUCAAAAGUCGAUAUGAGUGCGAAGUUGGACCAUGUAUGAUUAUUAAGCACUCUUUUGGGCUUGGAGCAAUGUUUACGGGCCAGGAAGCACUGGGGACAGGAAACUCCUUGUCUUGUCACACGACACAGUUUUGAUAUUUGUCAAGCAAUCUUUGUUGCAUAUCGGAUUCCAUCCACAAUAUCCUCGGGGCACAUCUCCAUCUUGAUUCCUAAUAAGACUACGUCUAGUACUGGACUAUGAAUAUACACCCC